GGGCAGCGUUGAUGGCAGUCCCCAGCGACCGAGAUCCGAGGGAUCCGGAUCCGAUGACUCGGGAUCCGCCAGACGUCGAGCCAGUGCCCGGAGCGCCCGUGCCUCGUACACUUCGUCCGCCUCGUCGGCGUCGGGUUCACCUGCUGCUGGGCGGAAGAAGUUAUCGAUGGCCGAAUUUCACAAGGUGGAAGGUCCCAGCGAGACCGAGACCAGCAGUUUCAGGGCCAAGGUGGCGGCAGUGUUGCGCAGCGACCUCUCGGUGAACGUCCUCACCGCGAUAAUUUUGAUUGAUACCGUGUGUACUUUGAUUGCCACAGACGCGCGUGCCAUGGGCGAUCCGCCACCCUUGUAUGUCUCUAUCAUUGGUGAAUCUUGUUUGGGCAUUUACACACUGGAAUUGGUGGUUGGCUGCUGGGUGGACGGCUUACAGCAUUUCAAAAAGCCAGAGAUUCUGUUCGAUGUCUUCACGGUGCUCUGUGGCUACCUUCACGCAAUCUUCCAGCUCUUCGAGGGUGUUUUCCCAGGAGAGCUGAGUUUCUUGAAAGAUUUGCGGCUGCUCCGUGUGAUUCGCGUCCUCCGAGUGGCCAGAAUUCUGCAGAAGUCUCGCUCCUUGAGGGAGCUGCAGAAGUUAGUAGCCAUGAUGGCCACCUGCCUGAAGGCGUUGGCGUGGUCAUUUCUAUUCUGUUUCGGCUUCAUGACUUUGUGGGCAAUGCUAAUGGUUGAAUUUGUGCAUCCAUUGAUCUUGCAGAUGCACGAGCAGGGAAGGGCUUUCCAGGACUGCAGCGAAUGCCUGGCAGCCACCUCUUCUGUGAUGCGUGCUAACCUCUUGUUGUUCAAAACAGUCAUCGCUGGCGAUAGCUGGGGCCAAGUGGCUGUGCCGGUCAUCGAGUACAGCCCCACCACGGCCAUUAUUUUCUGCGGUUCGUUGAUGACGCUGGUCUUUGGGGUGCUCAACAUGAUCGUUGCGGUGAUUGUGGAUUCCUUUGCCGAGAGUCGACAGAGAGAUGUCUUGCACUUGGCGGAGGAACUUGAACAUGAUGACCUCAAUGACACGAAGUACCUAGAGAGGAUCUUUAAUAGACUUGAUGUCACUGGAACGGGUGACUUGACUUUGGAAGAGCUGGUGAAAGGCGCGAAGACGGACCCUGAGUUCCAGAGCCGUUUGCGGGUCAUGGACAUUGACCAAGCGGACUUGGAACAGCUCUUUGAGAUGAUUGACGCCGAUGGCUCCGGUUCCAUCGAAAAGAACGAGUUCAUUCGGCCCCUGUCGCGCUGGAUCAAUGAGUCCAAGACGGCACCACGCUUCGUGAAGUACAACAUGGAACGGGCCCUCCAUCAGCAGGAGGAAAUCCUGAAGCAAAACCAUCAACAGUUUCGCAUACUGCAGGCGCGACUGGACGACCUGUACGAGUACUUGAACCCCGAGGGCUCGAAUAUCCUUGGGGCUCCCAUCCCGUACCUCCAGGGCGACAAGUCCUGUUUGUCCCCGCCUAAUCUGCCAGCCUCAUUGCCGUGGUUGGAGGGAUUAGAGGUUCACCAAGAGCCAGGCAUCGAACAACCCAAAGAGGCUAGGGCAGGGGGGCCUGGAAGCCCCAAGCUCCUGAGUGAGAAGCGCAGAUCUCAGCUGAGCCUCGGAGCUUCCAAGCCGGAAAGUACUGCUGAACAGCUUGGGGAAGGUACGGCUUCACUGGGAAACCCUGACUUCCUGCAAAGCUCGCAGAGAAUGAAGCGCCCAUCCCGGUGGUUCAGACCUUCCGUACGAGAACAUGCAGAGGCCAAGCUAUCACAAAGUGAUCAAACCAUGAGCCUGAAGCACAUUUGA